AUGGCAUAUGAAUUCCCCCACUUUCUGGCUUUUAAGCUGUUGUUACUGGUAGUUAAUCUAAUUGCAGUAUGGACUUUUCGUCCAAUUCCUCCGCCGGAGAACCCCGCUCUGACCUCCCAAGAUGCUACAAUCAUUAUACCGUCCUUGCAGGGCUGUGGCGAGGAGCUGGAAGAAACGAUUCGCACAAUUCUCGUCAACGAGCCCUAUCAGAUCUUCCUUGUUACCAUUGACGCGAACCGCCCAAACGCGCAGAGGAUGCUUGACUCGAUGCCGGCAUCGAAGACGAGAAUCCAGCUACUCAGCAUCCCCAAACCCAACAAGCGACGCCAGAUGGUUCGAGCCAUUCCUGAAGUGCGCACGGAAAUCACCAUUUUCGUCGAUGACGACGUGACAUGGCCCAGGACCGAGUUGAAGUGGGUUCUCGCCCCGUUCGAAAAGGAUCCCAGCUACGGCGGCGUCGCGACGUGCCAGCGACUCAGGCGAGUGAACGCCCCGAUAUUCUCGAUGCAGAAGAUUUGGGACUUCCUGGGAGCAUUGUACCUCGAGCGGCGCAACUUUGACUGUGCUGCAACUACCCAUAUGGAUGGCGGCAUGCCGUGUCUCUCGGGUCGCACCGUGGCGUACCGGACCAAAAUCUUACAGGACCGUGAGUUUACCAUGGGGUUCACCAACGAGGAGUGGUGGUUUGGGCGGUACGAGCUCAAUGCCGACGACGAUAAUUUCUUAUCGCGUUGGAUGGUUACGCACGGCUGGGAAACAUAUUUCCAGUACCAUCCCGAGGCCGAGAUCCAGACGACGCUCGAGGAUAACCCCAAGUUCCUGAAGCAGUGCGUCAGGUGGUCGAGAAGCAACUGGCGCAGCAACCUCACAACCUUAUUCCAGGAACACGUUGUCUGGUUCCGCCAGCCGUGGAGCACUUACGCCGUCUUCCUGACAACGCUGUCCCCUCCCGCUUUUAUUGGCGAUCUGUCUCUGAUCCUCUGUCUCUAUAAGGGCACGGAAGGCUGGAGUGGAGAGACCCGCACAUUAGCUAUUCACGCCCUCUUGCUGUGGAUGUUCAUCACCAAGUUCAUCAAAUUGCUGGGCCAUUACGUCCGCUAUCCGGCCGAUUUCCUCCUGCUGCCCGUCUCGAUAUUAUUCGGAUACCUCCAUGGCAUCAUCAAAGUUUAUGCUGCCUUCACUCUCAAUGUGACAACUUGGGGUUCUCGAGAGGGCGCAGAUGUCAGCGAUACCGAUCGGAUGAAAGAAAAGUCCGAUUACGAUGUAUCCGUUUCUUACUCCAAAUCGAAACUAUUGGCCUUGCCCCCGAAUAAACCAACAUCAAACACCCUUCGAGCCGUGUGCUCAGACAGCAGGACUAUUUACCCCAUUCUAGGAAGUGGAUUCUGCUCACCCAACUUAAAUGUCAACCAUCAGUCGAAAACUGGCCACUUUUGA